CGGGGGACCCUCAGAGCAGUCUUGUCCUUUCUGGCCAUCUUUUCUUCUAAUUACACUACUUGAAAAAGGACGACGCACCUACAAUAAUGUGGCGCAUUCUCACCUCCAUCUUAGGGUUUCUCGUCCAUCGGGCUUCCGCUCAUGGAGGCGCGCUGAACUAUACGGUCGGCGAUGCUUCGUGUCCUCCAGGUCCUGCGAUGGGCGAGAGCCCGGACGGAUGCGCAACGUGGUAUCCUGGCUACUCCCCUUUCGACGACCAAACUUUUCAAGACGAAGCGCCGUGGAUGGUACAGCGCAAAUGGAUAACCAAUAACCCGAUCGUCGAAACGAAUAACAUCUCCCUCUCUUGCAACGACCCCGGAAACCCCGCACGCACGUACAUACCCAUCCGGGCCGGCCAAAACAUCACGGCCGUCUACAUGGCCUGGGUGCAUACGGUUGGCCCUAUGAUUGCGUGGAUGGCCCACUGCACCAAUGACGACUGCGGUGCCUUUGACUCAUCCACCGCCUCCUGGUUCAAAAUCGGCCAGCGCGGGCUGCAAAGCGGUACUAUUGAGACGGGCGACUGGUUCCAGAAGACGUUUAGUAAUUGGGAUGGGAAUCCGAGUCUUUGGAGCGAGACGGUGCCGCGGAACUUGAAGCCGGGGAAGUACCUAGUCAGGCAUGAGAUUAUUAGCUUGCAUAGUGCGAAUAAGCCGCAGUUUUAUCCGGAGUGUGCGCAUGUGGAGGUUAGUGGGGAGGGGGUUGGAGAGCCGGGACAAGAGUAUCUGGUGAGGAUUCCAGGGGUUUGGAAUAUGGAUAUGCCUGAGAUCAAUAUUGAUGUUUAUGCGCCGGGGAUUUCGAAUAGCACGGUUUAUAAUAUCCCGGGACCGCCCGUGUGGACGGGGUAGCGCGA